UCUUCAGGAAGAGAGUCUUCAAAGUUUUGAAACAGAGAUAUAAAUUCAGAGAUGACGAAAAUGAGAAAUUGAGCAAGACUCCCCAAGUCCAUAUUUUGCACUAUAACAGAGAUGAAAGUAUUGACAGUGAAGCUACCACAGGGGGAUUUACCCACCCAAAGGGCCCAUCGAAAUACAUGCUCCGCUCCUCAACAAGGUCAAUGAUCCCACUCAUGUUCCCCUCCAGGCCAAUGGGGAUGUUCACAAAAGCUACAUUGUGGUUCAGUUUAGAUCUGAAGAGGACAAGAAAAAAGGACAGAUAAAAGACUGAUUAAAAUGAGGAACCUAAAUAAAGGAAGAAAAAACCACAGCUGACAAAAACAGUUAUUUGGAAUAAUGAAGUCAACUAUUUAUAUAACCAGCUGUAUAUAUCGAACACACACAAGGGAAGUACUGUAAACAUGUGUAAAAGCAGCAAUAGUCAUACAUGUACUAUUAUUACACCAGCAGUGCAGAGAGUCAAAGUAAAGCUCAACAUGAAGCUGAUGAGGAUGUGUGUGUCGAACCUCAUCUGCUGCAGCGCCCUGACAGGGUUGGCACCCAUUCUGUCCAGCUUAUUGAUAAAAGUGAGGAAGGGAACGUUGUAGCGUUUCAUCUGUCGAUUCACUGUCAUAGUCUGACACUGGACUCCUCCCACCGCACACAGGACCAGCACGGCCCCGUCCAGAACUCGCAGUGCUCGCUCCACCUCGAUGGUGAAGUCCACGUGACCUGAUGGAAACAACAGGGACGGUGACUUUAUGAAAGAAAAUGUUGGUAAAAAAGAAGGCAAACUGUUUGAUUAAUGAAGUACAGUGCUGGAGACUGUAUAAGUCACCAAAGCAGUCUCAAUAUUUAUCAUUAUUUAUGAUGCUGAGCAUAUGGGACAGUGCAAAAGAUGUAGCAUCUCUCAAUGGAGGUAACUACAUAUAUUAAACAACACAGAGUCAGUCAGUAAAAGUAAAAAACAGCUCCUUUUUUAAUAGCUUUAAGUGUGGAAUAUGAUCGUUAUCCAACUUUUACACUAAAAAGUACACAUUAACAAUUAAACAAUACUACUAGUCUUGCUAAUAACUUUCCAACACGCACUACCUUCACACAAAAAGUACUGUAAGUCCAGCUAGGAGAAGAUAAGUUCUGGUAAAAUUAAAUGCUGACACUGCAGAUUCCCCUUACAAAUAACAGUGAGUUUGUUCACCUCCUUACAUCAGACAGGGAAAAGUGGGGUAAGAUCAAGGCAAUCAUAGUUUUGUCUCUAACUAGUGUAUCUGCAUAUAUUUCAGGAUGUUGUGAAUCCCUGCAAACCAACAGAAUGAGUGUAAACAUAACUGUCUUGAUAAUUUAGCAUGCCAAAAAAGUGGUCUCAGGUUGAGCCGUAUCCCUACGAAUCUUUUACCAUUUCCAAGCAACAGGGGGUGGCUCAACUUACCCCACUCUCCCCUGCCCACAUAAAAAUAAAAAUAUUUUUUGCUUCUAUGCUAAUUUUAUUGGUAUUGGUGUUCUUAACAGCUACUGUGUGAUAAGAUAAUUCAACACUCUACUUAUUCACAUGUCCUGAAAAGGCCCUGGAACCUCGUUUGACCGUAACCACAGAGAGGACAACAACAAGGUUUUCUUGACUUGGCUUUUAGCAACUAUUACAAAUAAACCUGUGCUUCAAAGGGGGGUCAUCGGGGUUGACUGACAUGUUGGGAUCAAAAAGGGUACAGAAUCAUUAAUGCAAAACCCAAUGUAUGAGAUUAUAAAACAGGAUUAUUAAAUCUUCCCAUAUUACCACAGAACUGAGGGCCAAUACAGACACAACAGUUUGUUACCUGGUGUGUCAAUGAUGUUGAUGUUAUGAUUCUUCCAUCUGGUGUAUGUGGCAGCUGACUGGAUGGUGAUACCCCUCUGUCUCUCCAGCUCCAUAGAGUCCAUAGUGGCCCCCACACCGUCCUUCCCCCUCACCUGAGAUAUGAAAUAACACUCAGCACACGUGACCUUUACAGCCACAUCCCUAUCAAAUAUACACAAAUAGAUAAAUAAAGGUCUGUCCAGGCCUCACCUCGUGGAUCUCUGCUAUCCUGCCGGUGUAGUAGAGGACACGCUCGGUCAGGGUGGUCUUCCCUGAGUCGAUGUGAGCUGAGAUCCCGAUGUUGCGGAUCCUCUCAUUGGGAAAAACACCAGAGGAACAUGAUCUACAGCUGUUUAUGAGAAUCUGUGGGUAUUAAAACAAGAAAACAAGGUCAAAAUCAGAGUCCAUUUAUCUCUGUUUACCUAUUGUGAAAUGCAAGAGACUGGUAGCAAGACGACACGACGUAGAUGCCAAAUCUGGUACAAUCGGGGACACCGUGAUCACCCUACGUUACCUUUUUAAGAGUGACAUUUCCUGGUGCUGAGAGAUGCUUUUUGCUCAAAGCAAGACCAGCUUGUAGUACUCUCAUCUCGAAAACUGCUCUAGGUGGUCUUAGUCCCCUUUUACACACGACCCCGGACUCUUGACAACCCGGUGAAUGUCACGCCGGGAUCCUGGUGGUUGUGAAACGCUACUUCCGCAACUACGGAAAAGCAAAUGCGCCAAAAUUAAGAACAAUCGCAAAUACUGAUAUACAUUUUCGACAUGGAAGAAAAAAUAGUAUUUACAUGAUUUACAUGCUAAUGUCUCGAAGUAAAUGUUAAACCCUGAGGCAUUGAAAGCAUAACAAAAAUCACACGGUGAUGAGCUAUUUACGGACUGGCCCAAGGUCUCCCUACAAACAAACAGCUGCUUGAAGAGAGUAGGUGAGUUGUGUUUGGUCUCUUUACUAAAGAAAUCAGGCAAAGUUAAAAAGAUGUUUGGUGGCUGGUACUCUGGCUAGGAACCUAUAUGUACUGCUGAUGAAGUUAGGUGCUGUUCUGAGCAUUAUUUGUAGCUAUAGAGUGGCUUUUUGGUUGAGCGUGUGGCUCCUCAGACUGCUGUGUAUUGCUAUAGUGCUGUCGUUUCUAAAGUUGGUAUAACUAGAGAAGUAAGCGGUCGGCAACAUUCAUCUCUCGAGAGGGUGACGAACUCAGUGUUAAGGUGAGUUUGGCCCUACAUUAAUUUUACGCCGGAAUAUCCCUUUAAGCCUCCAAGUAUUUAAUAUUAGGUAAUUACGUAUAAAAAUGUAACAUAUAAAGGCACAUGAAGUACAAAAUAGAAUUACACAUCUUACAACAUCAACGACAAUUAUUCCGGGAAGCAGUGAAGGCAGCAUUUCAAGACCCCCGCCCCCUGAGAGUUUGAAGUGACCUUUUAGGGCUGGAGUAAGCCUUUGUGUGGAGGGUUUUAUCAAUUUGCAAAGAAACAAUAAUUACGGAACUAUUCCUCUUGGGGAAAUAGAUAUUAAACCAUCAAUCAUUCUGAUAAAGGGGUCAGCUGGUUUGCUCUAUGAAGCUGUUUUGCCUUGCUGCUGUAUCACUGGAGGUAGGUAACUGAGUCCUGCCCCUUACAGUUUGUUCCAACCCCCGUUUAACAAGCACUUCCUCUUCUUUCCAGCCACAUGCUGACAGCACAUUACACAGCAGCACCGAACACAGCUGUAAACGGAGAAAUCGUAGGCACACCUCCUUCACAUCCUUCUGAGUUUUAAACCUUCACAUGACUGACAGACAGAACAGCUUCACAGAGAAGAGAAGACACCAACAAGAGAAGAGGGAGAACUCCUAAUCUGCACGGUAGGCUACUACAGUAUUUCACUUUUUCAUAGUCAAGCUGUAGACUCAGCAGGUUUUAUUCUUAACAAUUUCUUUAAACCAGCAAACAGAACCCAGUGUUACUCUUGAAAUGAUUUGCCAGUUGAAAGUUUGAGGAAUUGGAACAUUGUUGUGUCUCAUAGAGAGGAUUUUACUUAUUUUAGUAGAUAAUGUUCACUUUAGAGUUAGCACAUUUGAAGAACUAACUUUAAUUAGAAUCUGAAGUAGUCUGAGAGGAAAUAAUUAAACUUCCUCUUAGAAGCUUUUAUGUUAGUUACUCUGAUAUUAUUGUAAAAAACUAUUUUGACCACUGUGACUGCACAGUGUGUCCUUUGGUAAAAUAAACAGAUGUCACAUAAAAAAGAGGAUGUCAUAAAUUACAACCGUGGCCCAGUCAACUGUUGCUCAGUAAUAAAUAAUCUUUUUAUUGUUUUAUAGGCUUAUGUUUGAACAUCUUCCCAUUAAGUGUAUAUAUAUAUAUUUUGACUGUGUGUGCUUUUGUUUAAAUGAUAUUGUACUUUCAGUUAGUCAUCCCACUGUGAAUCAUCAUAUGUGAUUAUUUAUGGUUUUGAUUACACAAGAAUGUACUGGAAUUUAAAUUGUGUGCGUGCGUGCGUGCAUGUGUGUGGAUGCAUGUGAGCUGUUUUUUCCACCGUUAUCCUUCCUGUCUCAUUUCCUUUCUGCCAGCAUUCCUCUCUGACAGCGCAUUGACUGUCAGAGCUGUCACAAUACAUGAUGGUGAAUAAUACUCAGCUGCUCAUCCUGUCCAAUUUAAGGGACUGGGAAUGUUCUUAGUUUUCCGGAUUGUAUGUCCUUGCUUAUGAAAUACCUGAAAUGCCUUUCAAAUCUUGUAUUUCAGGGUUUUGGGUUUAGUGUACUGUUUACUGUAUGGAAGCUGCUUAGAGAAACUUUAGAUUUGUGUAAGUCUGGGUGCUCCCGUAGACAAAGUUGUCAGUUUCUGUUACCUCUUACUGAUGUUGUUCUGUACACAGGGCAGCAUUCUCUCACUAAAAGUCUGAUUCUGUUUUCCUUUUGCAGUCAAAGAUACUAUGUCCUCAUGUGAAGAUUUGACAAUGUUAAAAAAAGAUGUUUCAUUAGCAUGCAGUUAAUAAUCUAAUCUGAUCUCUGAUACACACGCCCUUACAGUGGUAACAGCCAUAGAAAAUUACAACACUAAAAUCUUCAGUUGCAUUGUUGAUGGUCUCCUUUGAUUUUGUAGGUCACAAAGAGGCAUGACUAUACAUUUCCAUCUGUUUCUCAACCAGCUAAAAAAAAACUCAUAGGAGCCAGGAAUGCAUUCAGUAGUCUGAAAACAUGUGACUAUGACAGUGAUUAAUGAGUCUGUGUAGAUUAAUCAUUCCCGUUAGUCCUCAAAAUUCCACUUAGCAGGUUAAGAAGCUGAUUAAAGGUUUAAAUUAUUUCCUAAUAAUAAUAAUCCUCCUCUUUCCAGUUUCUUCCCUCCAAGCAUAAUUACUUUGUCUUUGUGUGGUGACAAAUUUUGUGGUUUUAGAAAGUGGGUCAGAUGAAGUAAAUCACUCCUCAGUUCUUACAACACUGUUUCUUUCAGUCACCCUCCUGACCCAAUAGUGUAUUCAGAAGAAGAGGUGUUGCAGGGACAGAAAACAGUAGAGAGUAUCUUUAAUGUUAUUUUUCCACAUAGUCCCUGUGUUUAAAAAUGGUUGUGUGGUGCUGAAAGAUAUAAAACUAGUUGCCUGUCUGGGAUACUUAGGAUAUCAUUGAUCCCUGAUCCUUGAUCCUGAAUCCAUUCUAAAAAGUAAUCCUAAAUCACUAUCAUCUCUAAUGAAUGUGAACUUAAUUAUAGGCCAUACGUCAGCACCUCUUGUAGUUUUUCUUGUUAACAUUUUGAAUUUGAAUUUAUUGAAGGGCAGCCCCUUGAGACGUAGCAUCUCAUUUUCAAGGGGGUCCCUAAACAAACAUACAAAAAACUCAGGACACAUUACAAUACUUUAACAUACAUAACAUAUAACAAAUACAGACAUCUUGCUCACCCUACUCCCACACACAACCCCAACAGACAUACAAAGUAGACAAAACUUGUUAACAAGGAAAAAUAAUGUGAACAUAAAUGCAAAAAAGUAAAGAAAAUGAAUCAGAAACAUGAGCAAUUUGUUUUGAGGUGAGAGUAGAGUGCCAUUCUGAAGUGAUAAAAAGAAGUAAUAGAAUGUGAAGAAUGAUCUUUUGCUAACUUCUUUAAAGAUUGUAGGAACAAAGAAAAAUGGGUCGUUCAUAUGUCUAAGAGAGUAUGGGGAGUUGUAUGGAAUCAAGAGUUCUUUUAAAUAUGAAGGGCAAUGGAGAAAUGCAUUUAAAAAGGAAAUGAAGCCAAUGAAAUUGCCGUCUUGAUUUGGGUAGUAACCAGUUCAGUGAGUCAAACAUAAAGCAGUGGUGCGUUCUAAAAGGACAUCUCAAAACAAAUCUACAUAAGGAGUUAAAUAAUACAGUCAGAGGUUUGAAAUGAGAGUCAGAAGUGUUAUGGUAAACUAUAUCAGAUAAUACUACUACUACUAAUAAUAAUAAUAAUAAUAAUAAUAAUAAUAAUAAUUUUAUUUGUAUAGCACUUUUAAAAAACAGAAGUUAACAAAGUGCUUUGACAUGUAGUCAUAGAGCACAUAGAAAAAAAAAGAGAAAAACAAAGAGCUCAGUAAAAACGGAAUUGAAGGCCAUUUUCAUGUCAUAAGGAACCCAGACAAUACAAGAACCAUGCAACAUAAAGAGACAUAAUAAACAUGAGUAUAAUCAACAAGUGGUAAUAUCAGUCAUGAUAUUCCUCUUUUUCUGACAUUUAUAGUAAAACAAUUGAUUAAACAAUACAGUGAUGCAAGACAGCCACGUGAAAAUCCAUGGUAAAAUAUCAAGUAUCAUGGCACAUGGCAAAAAGGCUAUAGUUAAUGACAGAAAUACAUGAAAGGUGCCACUGAGAUGUAUACAAGUGAGUAGGGUAUGUCUUCCAGACGCUAGAGGGCCUUGUUGCACUAACUCUGGAGAGACUGAGUCUGGCAUUCAACAUUUCUAUAUACUAAUCUAUUUUCUUCUAUCUACCCAUUCAUUAUACUUUCCUUUCAACCUUCUCUCUCAGUUUUAAGGCAUCAGUUGACCUCCCCUCUUUUCAGUAUGUGGGCAGUGUGGAAUCUGAAUUCAGACAUUGAUAAAUAACAAUAGUUUUCAUUCUUUGGUCAGACACAAGGAGUGUUGUUUUCUGAGGCCUUUGUGUGCUAUCACUGGAAAAAAAAUAAAGUCUGAUUGUUCAAUUACCAAAGGGAAUUUUGUGGGAACAUGUGAGUAUUGUUGUAAGCUGUUGUCAUACACUAAAUUAUUCAUUCUAUGUUUCCACAGAUAUAAAUGAAACCAAUGUGGAAAAAGGGUGGAUCGAUUUGAGAUUUCCCAGGCUUAAUGAGUGGAUAGAGUGACUAAUUAGUUACUGUACACCGUGGGAGUCCAAGUGAUUUCAACUAUUUUCAAAAUCAACCUCUGAGGGUGUGUCCGCUUCAGUGUUACUACUACGGCAUGCGGGAUGGGCCAAACUCGCUCAGUUCUCUCGCAUACCACCACGACUCCAGUCAGAACGAAAUGGAAACCAGGCGAGACAGCCCAGCGACUUCGCAUCCGCACAUUUAGGAGCGGAGAAAAGCGACGUGGUGGCCAGAUAACCAGGAAUCCGAUGAAAAAUAAAGUGCUGUCGUGUUUGGGAAGGAGAAAGCGAGACUCCAGUCAGACAGAAGGGGAUUCGGGUUGCGGAAACGGGGCUGGAGAUCCAGCGACGCGCCGCGAUCACAGAGUAGGAAAGUUGCCGAGGGACGAGGUUACCUCGUUGGACGGGGAACAACGAGCAUCCCCGAGUUGCUUUGAGUCACAGUUCGGCCUACAUGAUAAUACGGAGGGGAUCAAACACGCCGUGAACAACCGAGGAGCACCGGUUGGCUCACCCGAUGCGUCCAGUUUUGACACGCGGAGCGGUGAAGCAAGCGGUGCGGGCUGCGAGGAGCCGAAAUCCGGACGAGAGGACAAUGCCUCACACCCCCCAACGAGGGCCAUGGAAGACCAGCCACCGGGGGAGAGCAAGCAGGACCGAGGUGUGUGUGAAGUUAGGGAAUUAACAGAGACUACUGUGAGUACAGCACCGCCGUUGACCUCUGACCCUGACACACUGACCAGCUCAGAUCAACCGCUGGUUUGUGGGCUGUGGUCAACGGCCGAGCACGCGGAGGACAGAAUGACUAAAACGGACCCGUGUACCGUUUCAGCCGGUGACCAGAUUAACUGUUGUCCGGCACCCCAGGGACCCCCAGGAGGAGGCCAAAGUUUCCCCGGGACCAUACCGAAACUCAUCAUAACAAGAGACCCGAGUCCAACCCGCUCUCAGGGGACACCGUCCGCCCUCAGCGUCCGGACAGAGCUCAACUCCGGCUCGUGUCUAGAGCCUCACCCAGACGACGAGUCCCCCUGCUCGGACAGCGGCUGCGGAGGGUCCCCUGCGCUGAUGAGAUCCCCGAGGAAGCUGUCCAACUCCUCCUCCAUCGGCCUGUCCUCAGCCUCGUCCUUCGAGGAAUCAGAGGACGACUACACCGGGAGCGACAUCGAGUCCAGUCUGUCCCCGGCCCGGUCUCUGUGCAGCCCAGACGAUGGACCAGGGGUGAGUGCAGUCUCAUGGUUGACAUUGACUGUGCGUUUGAGAAAAGGCCUAACUGUGAAAACCUAACUUUUUGACCUGUGAGUGCAGAAAUACAAAGGUUAGGUCACAUUGUUUGAGCUAAAGCAAAUAGGGGAGACUGGGGUAAGUUGAGCCACCCCCUGUUGCUUGGAAAUAGUAAAAGAAAUGGAUCAUGUGACCAAAUAUUUAGGAUAUGGACAUCAAUUCAUGGAGUCUGUGAAGGUUAGAAACACAUGAGUGAAGGGGUUAGACAUUUAUUUACAAAAAAAAAAACAUUUUUCACUCUUGAAAGUGACCUUAGGAGACCACUCUCUGGCAUGCUGUAUUAUCAAGACAGUUAUGUUUACACUCAUGUUGGUUUGCAAGGAUGCACAACAUCUUGAAAUAUAUGCAGAUACACUAGUUAGAGACAAAACUAUGAUUAUCUUGAUGUAGCGAUCCGAAAUAUGAAAAAUGGCUCAUCUUACCCCACCCUCCCCUAUUUGAUGCAGUUAUUGUCUUUUUGCCUAUGCCAUGUCAAACAGAGCUGUUCAAUUAAUUAAAUGCCACAUUGAAUAAACUAUUCUGCCACUAUACACCUCAGAAGACGUGGUUAGAAAAAGAAAAACAAUGUUAUGGGGUAAAUGUUGACAUGUAGGCUAAGAAUCCACAUACACACCAAUGCAAGACACAGGACACAGAUCCUGCUGCAGCUUUUGCCCCAGGUGUUAGGAUUCAUUAGAUAGUGCAGCAUGACAACAUGCAAGUAUUUCCAUAUUUCCUGUUGUGCAGUUGAUGUACCAAAAUACACAUCAUGCAAUUUUAGUCUCAGCAAUCACUCUCAGUUGUGACUGCCUUGCUUGUUUUUGAUACUGGUUUACAGAUUUUAUCCCAGCAUUCGAUGAUCAUUGAAUUGCUGUUGGAUAAAAUGAAGAAAAUACAGCCUCAGUCAGCAAGAAAGUCUAACACACAUUAGAUGUCUGAUGUGGUUUGGUUUAUUUGAAAUUAUUUGUCUGUGUAUUUUUAUAUUUGAAAGAACUUAAUAGCUGGAGUUGGACUGCCCUACUAUUCAAACAAUACAGUACCAAACUUAGCUUUUCUCUAACCCCUCCUCUGUGUCCUUCUAUUCCCAUGGCUAAUGAUCACAUGGCUCUGAUGUGCUCAUCCGUCUGACCAUUUAAACACCAUCUGAAUGCAUUUUUGAAUUAUCAGUCAUCCUAUCACAGCUCGCCUUUCAACUGUCCGAAAAUAAAAAUAGAUCAUCAGUUAAUUCUCCCAGAAGCUUGGGCUGCUCCUGUACUCCAGACUUUUCAUGCAGUUUAAAGUUUCCAAGUCUACAGUCGUGAUGUGUCACCCUGGAGUCUGGAGGCUUUAAAGCCCAGUUGACUUAGAAAUGCUCGGAAUGAGUCUGAAAACAAGAUGCCUCUGUGAGAGAUAAUCUUCCCGUAUCUGUACUUGUUUUAACAGCGGUGUGUGGAUCCAGUAUGCCCAGGUUGUCUCUUAGGCCACGUCAACAAACAUGUAUUGCAAGAAGUUCACCUGGCAGCAUUCAUUCAUGUUGCCUUGUCAGAAGUGGACACUUUGCUGAAGUUGUGCUGUUCAGUUUUGUAUAAUCUCACCACAAAGAUUUCCCCUGUCUGCUGUUUAAUUUCCUUUUUCCAGAGAGAGACAUGACACAGAGGAAUGUGAUCAAUUUAAGCCAGCCUGGGCCCCAUUUCAUCCUACUAAGACUGUCAUUGCCAUGUAGCUCACGCUCUUUAUCCGACCAUCACAGUAAACACAAUUUCCUCUAUAUUUACUGUGACAUGGAAAAGGUCUCUUAUUGAUUUAUUGAUGACUUUCUCUAUUAUUUUCUCUAUUAAAAAAAUCUUUCUUAAACUUGAUUUACUUUUCAGAGACAGUGCACUCUGAUGGACAUCAAUUUUACACACAAAAAACAGCAUUUUUUUUUAUCUCUUGGCCUGAUGUUAAUUGAUAUUAAACAAUAAUAACAACACAUACAUGAAUGAAUAUAUAAAUUACAUCAAUAUUAUAUGAACAAAAGCUUACACAAAUAUUGAAUCACAGUCAAGCCACAAAGGAUGACAUCUGCAAAUAUUUGUGGUGUGUCUGUCAGUAAUUUAUACAACACAGAUGUGAGGUUUCAGCCCAGCAGUAACAACAACAACAAAAAAGAAAUACAACAACCAAAACUGAAUUUGUUGUUAUUGCUUGAAAAAAUAUAAAUAUUUUAAAAAAUCAACUGUAAAAGCUACUGAUUUUUCUAAGAGGAGUGGCUAAAAGUUAAUUCCUUUUUUCUUUUCUUCUUUGAUAUGUUGGCGAACCUUUAUUUGCACAGCUUCAGUCCCUUAAAGAGAUAAAAAGAAUAAUUGGACCCCUGCUGUAGCAUUCCUAAUGUCUCUCUUUUAGUCUGUUUUCACUCUGAGUAAAGUCAUGGGAGUUUCUUCCAUCACAUUUCUCCACAGGACUAAUGUACUGAUGGGCCACCAGUUACAGUAAUGAUGUUGAGCAGGUCAGUGGAUGGAGUCAUUUCCAGGUUAUUACACCGAGAGCCAGGAAAUGAGCAACCUCAAGUGUUGUACUUUAGCUUUUGUAACAAACAGGAUCACGUCAUUUUGUGGUUUGCGAUAAGAGCCUAGUUUUGAUGGGCAUGUUUUGUUCUCCUGGAGUUGAGUUGAAGGUCCAACGUUAAUUGUACACUCAGUUAUUCAUAAAACAAGGGUGUGCGUUUGUUGUUACUGUCUUUUAAAAGCUGUGGCCACAGUGUCUGCUAGCAGCCAAACCUGUUAAGUUCUGUGUACUCGAUGACGUGAGCAGAUACUUGCUCAAACAUGCAUACUCAGAGAUAGACACACUCAUGCAGCGAUGCUGUCUUGCCUUCAGAGUUCAGUGUGUGUCAUGGAAAAUUGGGCUGAAGGCAGAGCUGGUUGCUAGGCGACGUCUUUGCCAUAUAUGGUGCUAUUUUUUAUACUCCUUGUCUUGUUCUCUCUACCUGACACAGACAGUAUCUACUCUGUGCCUGACGUUUGAAUGUUUCACUUAAAAUUCCUUCAGAUCAAACCUCCUGGCAAACAAUGGACGCAUAAUUUUAGAUUUUACUGUCACAAAGUUCUUCAUUAUGAGACACUCUUUCCCCUCAAAUUCAGCCUUUUAACAAAAGCUUCAUAUUUUCUCCCUGAAACCUUAUGAGACACACAGUGGAACAGAUACACAAAAGGAAAAGAAGAAUAAAGGCGGGCUAAGACGUACUGAAACUUUGAAUACCUAGCCUACAAGUGACGAUUUUCCUUAUUCUGCUUAUUCACAAUAACCACAAUAGCAGACUUGUUUUUUCUGCGGCAACCAUUAUUCAGAGUCCCACACUACACUCCCACACCACUUAUACACAAAAUCCAUGCUGCAAAGCAAAACAAAAGGAGAGUACAAGAGACACAGUUGAUCAUUUUUUGUUUGAAUCCAUAUUUCUGAUAUAUUUAGUGUAUAAAGUUUUCUACAUCAUGCAUAUACUAAGGUUUUUAAUGUCCAGUGUUAUGAGGAGACUGUUUUCAGAUCCUCUGUUUGAGUCAAAGUAACAUAACAUGUAAACCGUGCUCCAUGAAAAGGAAUCCUGCAUUCAAAAUGAAGUUCAUGUAAAAGUGCGCCAAGAAAAAUGUUGAUUUAUGAUUUUAAAAAGUAAUUGAAGCUCCUGUGAGGUGUUUUUAGCUGGUUAUGAAACAAAAUGAAAUAAAAAUGGCUGACAGGAAACAAGAUGAAAAAAGAGCAGAUAAGCAACAAAAUGAGAGGUGGUCUCUUGUCCACAUGGGGGGAUGAAUUCAUAUCAACCAGAAACUUCUCUCCUGGGCCUUUUAAUGCUGAACAGAUUAGUAUGUAACGUAGUUUUCUCAUUGGUGAUGCACAGAUGUAAAAAGAAAGAAGUGGUAAGGAGAUAUGGGAUGGACAUAAUCCUCUUAUCUGAACAUUAUUUAAGCUCACAUGUGCACGGUCAGAGGUUUGAAACAGAGCUGUUAUAUUUAGCUUGUGAGUGGCUUUGAAAAACAUGAUCGAGAUGCAGUUUACAAAAAUUAUAUGAUAUAGGAAAUAGUUGCAACUUAUAAAACAUUUUUAUUUUCUACUGCUUUGUGCUUCUCCUACUCUUUAUUUUUUGUUCUGGUCCAUGAAUCCUUCUAUGUGACAGGUUCUACCAGCAGAUGUAUUUGUAUCGGUAUAAUAUUCUUGAGAAACAGCCAAAAAUAAAAGCUUGUUUAUGAAACUCUUGAUAGCUCUUGAUAUUAGUACUAUAGUUAAAAAAAGAGACAUUUUCAGCAUGGCAGGAGAGAAAAGCUGCAAAAAUAAACACUGCAAUACUGAGCAGUACUUUGAGACUUCAGCAGCCUACGACAGCUGAGCCGCUCAUACAGUGAGGUCUUGUGUCAGGGGAAAGGGAUGUGGUUUUAACUCGUUUUGAAAAAGAAGCUCUGACAGUACCCGAAAACACCCUGUAGUUUAUGCACAUGUAGUCACUCCUGUAGGUAGGGAUAGUUGUCUGACAGGUUUUGCUUUGUCCCCACACACACACACACACACUCAUGUGCACACCACACCACACACUGUAGGCUUCAUAGUACUGAGGAAUUUGUCGUAAGGACAAUAGUAGUAGAGUACAGAAGCUCUGCUGUCCCUGCCCCCCGCUGUCACUUGGUCAUGAAUCCGGCAGGAGAUUGGCUCAGCGUAGGGCUCAGGAUAGGCCCUGCAGGGAUUAGGGGAUGAAAAGGAGAAGAGGAGAGAUGGAGAGAGGACAGAGUGAAAAGAGAGAGAAGACAGAACAUUGUGAAGAGGCUCAUAGCUUCAGGGAAAGACGGGGAAUGAAUUAGGAGAGGAAUUUAACGGAAAGGGGACUAGUUGAAGCAGGCAGAUGGUACAAAAAAGAGAAAAGGUGACAGCUUUAGGUUAGCUCCAUGGCUGAAAGACUGUAUUUAGUGUUGAGAAAAUCUCAAGAGAGGAAGGGAGGAGUGACAGGAUGUUGAAACAGGAGAAAUUUUGAAUUGGCUUGUUGAGAAGGAGAAGGGGGUCAUUGUGAAAAAUAAGUAGGGGAGGAUUAUUUACCAGGCAACACAAGCCUCAGUUUGCAGACCGAUUGUAGUGGGAGCAGGGCUGAAUAUUAGCCAAGAGCUAACAAGACCCUCUGGUGGAGACGAUUAUAGAUGAUUGUGAAGGAUAUCAGGACAACAGGGAGGCACACAUCCCUGGUGGCGCUCGCCCGUAGAGACUCUGUGCUGAUGGUGCGGAGUAUUUUGUGCUGGCUGCGUUCCCGUUUCGUCUCUGGAGCUGUGUGUGCUUGUGUCAGCGCCUGCCUCCUCCUCCACUACUGCUCUGUUUGCCAGGUAGGAAAAGGAAAUAUUCUGAACUGAUUUAGAUCCAUCUAGUGGCCUCGGAUUUUCCAACGUUACGCUUCUAUGAGGGCAGAUUGUAUCACACGUUGCCGACGGAUUUGCAUAUUGAAAUGCCGUGUGAUUGACAUGGCGGUGUGUUGUGGUGUGGCUGUUACAAUAUGUGAUGGUUUGCUGGGCACACAGUUCCCAGCUAGUCCAGUGUGAUGAUCUUUCUAUCUGGGUUAAGUAGUGAGUAAGCCAUCCAGUAGGAUAAUGGUGCUGCAGGCUGGUCUCACACUUACUUUCAUUUCACAAAAACACUGAUGCACCUGUUUGUUAAGAUCACCUGGCUAGAUUUUAAAAAUAAUAAUUUGGAUUGAUAGCAGGACAGUGCUAGUAGCAAAGUGCACCUAAAAUUAUAGAGACCACGUUCCUUAAGGUGUAUAUAUUUCAAUAUCUGUGUUUACAUGACAAGGCAGCAGGUCAAAAAGAGCACAGUGGAUAAAUUACUAAGGGCUACGUCUACAAGACAAGCCUCAAAUCCUCAGAACAGAGGCCUUUUUAUUCAAGGCUGGAAUGUGGGUUUAACUUAAAGCCACUGUAGGGAAUUUUGGGUCAGUUAUUAAACACCUGAAAUUAACACCAUUGACUCAUAAUGACUGACUUAAGCAAACAAGACCGUCAGCAUUCAAACUGGUAUCUGGUAUCAUGUGGUAAUGUGUCUUUACUUUUACUAUUUCCUUGGCAAAGAUUCUGAAUGGCAAAUAAAUCAGAGUAAGUGCUUUGUACAAUGAGGAAAUCAAAACAGACCAAACCUGUAAGUUACACAAAGAAGCUUCAAAGAUAAAAUUAACAAACAUGAAGUUUGUAACUUAAAGCAGUAAAUGUUAUACAUUUAAAACCUCUUAUUCUGCACGGUUUGGCGAAACAGCUCCUGUACUGUGUGUUUCUUUUUCUCAAAACUGACUUAGUUUGAGAUGAAAAUAGCUUAAACUCUAUUAUAACUCUGCUAGUUACAGUUGUGUCUGACUAAAUGGUUAAACAUACCCCCUUUACCCAAACUUGGCAAAUCAUUUUGACAUUAUUUACACACAUAUUUAGCAAUCCCAUGUUGAGCAUUUGCAUUAAUAAACUGUUUUUAGACCGUAGUCAGAAAUUAAAUGUGUGUUCAAAUGGCUUGAAAACUAGCUGCAACCCAAUGUAAAUGCUGUGUUCAAAUGGCUUGAAAACUAGUUCUUCUUAAAGUAAUGACCUGACCCGAGAGACAAGACGCAGUACGACUUCCUUUAGAUUUAAAAUGAGAGGAAAUGAAAUAAACGAAAGAGAAGGAUGACAACAUUUAUGACGCAGGAGGCUUUUAGAAAAAUAGAAGGGUGAAGUAUUCUGCGAGUGAUGCAUAUGUGAGUUAUAUAAAAGAGAGAGAAGUGGAGUUGGUGGAGGUUUGACUGAGAGGGGUUAAAAGUGACCUAAGUGUUUAAAAAAGCUCAGAUGUGUGGGAUGAAAACAGCGGAGACUGUACAGUUUGCACUGCUUGAAAUAAAUACCAAAAGCCUAGUCUUUCUCAAAUAUAGUUUUUUUUUUUUAGUAUUGUCACGUCUAAAAGUCCAAAAGUAAAGUCCUCCAUGCUCAGAAAUCUACAGCGGGUAAUUUUAGUCAGGUACACUUGACCCCACAGACGCAGAACAUGAAGCUGUCAGCUGGAGGCAAUUAGAAAGAGAGGCUGAAAAGUGAAAGAAGAGAGGCUGGAGAUCUGGGUGUCUGCUUCCCCUGUCAACCUCCUGGUCUUCUAUCUGUCACUGAUAAAGGCAAAUGAUGCUAAUUAUAGCAGUGUUAAAAGAUACCAGUGUUAUUUUGGUGCAUUUUGACCAAAUACAGAAGCUCUUUCUAGAGAUAUGGUGCUAAAGAUUUCAAAAUUCACUUUAGUCUGUCAGGAAACAUCUAUAUUUUGCAGUAUUAGCUAUGCACAUUUAUCUUUCAGUCCUCUAAAUUGUAUAGCUUUUGCAUAUUUCUCUCAAAAAUACUUGAUGAACUAGAAGUAUAAUUUAGAUUCACCCCUCUUGAGUGUAUGUUGCUGAGCUGACACCUCAAACUGUCUGUAAGACCCUUGAGUUGUAAACUCCACAUAACAGGUUCAUGAUUACAGCUUAGAACAGCACUUUUAGAGGCCAGCCACUGGCGACAGUUUUACUGAGUGUCUGAGGGUGUUGUUUUUUAUAAGACGUAUGUACGUUAAGAGGGGGGGCUGCCUGUUAAUCUGUUGUUUUUCUCCUUGAAAACUGCCAAUCUGUUCGAAAUACAGAGAAGAAGAAACACGCCAAACAGGAGAAGAAAUGCUUUCGUAGAAUAUUUAAUGCAGAGGGUUUUUAAACAAGAGUAACUUCACCAAAGAAGUUUUUUCAGAGUUACAUUAUUUGGUCUUUUUAAGUCUUUAUUCAUAGAAAAUUUGAUUGUUAAUAAAGCAGAAAACUGGGGGAGAGGGCUGAGAGUGACACAUUAGACCAUACUGGCUCUGCCAAACAGGCUUUUUAAUGAUCUUAGGCGUAGAUCACUCUUAAAGCAAAGUGACCUCUUUUGUUGGGCACAAUGGGUGUACAGUCAGGGCUUUAUUGUCCUCGAUAUAUGGGUCAAACGCUGCUGAAACUGCUGUGCUUGUAUCUGACACAGUGUACUUUGCCAGUUCAUUGAGUGCAUUAAAAAAAGGUCCCUGAAAGACAUUACUGUACGAAACAGCCCCCCUGUGCCCCACCUCUGCCAGUUGAUCAUUAUUCAUGAUAACAUGCUCUUGUUUUGCAGAGUUAUGGAGCAUUACAGUUUGUUUCCCACCUUGAAUACCCCAAAAAUCGUGCGAUCAGAGUCACCCCUCAGUCUAUUUAAAACCUCUUUAUUUGGAGCUGGUUCGACCAAGGACGAUGGAACAUUCAGGUCUUUAUUUCUUUGUUUGUUUGUCCUGACCAGAUGAACCAAACACCCAAAGAAGAGGCAACAAUUGAGAGUCCUAAAUUUGAUCAGGCCAAAUUGGCCUCUGACGUCGGAGGAAGACACAUGCUUAAAUGCUCUGAAUCUCUCAUGCAACACUCUAAAGCAGCCUCUGUUGUCUGGUUUCACUGGCGAUGAAUGAAACACGUCAAAAUGAUGGUGAAGAAAUAAUCUCGAUUUGGAAAUUGUCUCUUCCAUGUUGCAAAUUUUGGUGAAAUGCACUCAGCGUUCACAUGUUUCAUCACCGUUCUUUGUCCUGAGUCGGCUGGAGUGACCUCGGGGUUAAUCCGCUGAUGCGAUCGAAGGCUCAGCUCGCAGGUGUCUACUAGCACUCACUCUCAUUACUCUCUGCCUCUUGUGUCUCUGAAAUCCUGAAGUUCACCAGCUGUCUGACCAAGCAGAAACCUGUUGCACAAAGUUUCAUCAUGAGGAACCCACAGAGGAACCACAGCUGUUGAAUGCAGGCGGAUAAUCUUAUCGUUUCCCCUCCUUUUGCUUUGAGAUCCAGAAAAUGGAGACUGUAACUACAUUUGUGAGAGGUUAUAUUACACUUAGAGGAUUAACAGUUGUUAUGAAGCAGACUUAUCCGCCCUGUGUGUACAUGUAAGUGGAGCGGUUUUGUUGCAAUGUUAACAUUUGAAAGUCUUUAUUUUUAGAUGAACUAUUCAAGAAAAAGAGGUUUUACCAAAAAUGUUUCGACUUCUUUGUGUUUUAUUAAUCCGAUGAAGCAGCAAAUUAAUCGUACGUACUUUGCACAAGCUCUCUCAUCUGUCCUACAUCUGCACUUUUAAGUGGUCACAGAGUUACAAAACCCUUUUCCUUAGGCUCAGUAAUGACUGUUUUUAACCCGUAAGUUAAACACAGUGUUGCAGUUUCCGCUGCGUGUGUAUUCCUGCAUUAAGGCUGUUUUAUUGUGACAGAGUUUCAACAGAGCAGCUGUGGAAAGAAUGCCUGCGAUGAUAGGUGGACAUGUAAACAUGGCAGAGAUAGGCCAGCCUGCGAGCAGCACAGUCAUUCACAGGCGUAAUAUAGUUAUAAAAAGAUUAGCAUCAUUAUUGUUACAGCUUCAUGGCUCUACAGUUUUACUGCUCAGUCUCACCUCUGUUUGGUUACUCUGCUCAAGUGUCUCUAUUAAACUUGUAUUUGCGUAAAUAAAAAAUCAGGAAUAAUUGGAAACAAACUGAGAGGAUAUCCGUUCAUAUGGUCUUCUUCUCGACUGUUAAAUCAAGUAUAAUUUAACAAACACUCUCACUCACACAUUCCCAUCCUGAACAGCCCAUUUGUUGUGAUUUCCCACACACAGGUUCUAAUCGAUCCAUGUCAUGUUCGGCUCAGAUUGCUUGCGUCAAAGAGCCCCCUGUUGCAAACUGUCCUUGCUCUGGUGUUUCCCAAUGCAGAUAACCAUUAUGCACACACACACACAUAACACACACACUCUCUAACACACACAGUUAGGGACAGUAAGGUUCUGUUUUACGACACCGCCGUGGUGACUCUGGUAAAUGUUUCAUGAAUGGGCUUUGUGUCACGUAGGUUGUGCACCUGGCCUUGGGUAAAGGGGAGGAUCUGUCCAAUGUCUACUGAGGUGUGUGUGUGUGUGUCGCCAUGUGCACAGUACAGGGUGUGUUUUCAUUUAAUGAGUAAUCAUCCUUUUAGCUGUUAUUGAGCAGAAAAGAAACUAUGGGGUGACUCUAUUACAGUUUUGGAUGUUUGUGAGGACCCAAACCAACUUUAUUUUCAAAAGAAGAAAAGAAGAAUGACGGUCUUUUUUGUGUUUUGUUUUAACAGAAUAAAUCCUGGCAGAAACUGAAGACCAUGGUCCACUGGUCCCCCUUCGUUGUGUCCUUCAAGAAGCGUUACCCAUGGGUGCAGCUCGCUGGCCACGCAGGUAUGCAUGCAAAGAUCUUCGCCGCCCCACACAUGCAUUGUUUGGUCUUCGGUCUGUAAUCUUCCUCCCUUUGUCUCCUUUUUCAAGGUAACUUCCAGGCUGGUGAGUUUGGACGCUUGUUAAAGAAAUACUGUGAGUGCGAGCAGCAGUGCCUACAGAAGCUGAUGAAGGACAGCCUGCGCCCCUACGUGCCUGGUUAUUACGGAGUAGUACAGAGAGAUGAGCAGGACUACAACCUGAUGGACGACUUGUUGGCAGACUUUGACUCGCCUUCCAUCAUGGACUGUAAGAUGGGCAGCCGGUAAGACUCAGAGCACAAAUAUUUUCAUGAUCUUAGCCAUUUAAUCAGAGCUCAACCUUGAAAAAAAACCUUUGUACUCGGUGUACUCUGACUGUUUUCCUCUCUCUAUCAUGUUUGGAUGAUAAUAUUGGCAUUUUUUUGUCAUCAACAAGCUGAAGUUAGGCUAUCCGUUAAGAAAAGUGUUGAAACUGAACCCAGAGCUUUUAUUUACUAGAACAUACUUGGAGGAGGAGCUGAUAAAAGCCAGAGAGCGACCCCGUCUGCGGAAAGACAUGUAUGACAAGAUGGUGGCAGUGGACCCCGGGGCCCCCACUGAGCAGGAGAGGGCCCAGCAGGGAGUCCUCAAACCCAGAUACAUGCAGUGGAGGGAGACCCUCAGCUCCACAGCCACCCUGGGCUUCCGCAUCGAAGGCAUUAAGGUCAGAGUUCAUCCCUAGAGAUCCUGAUAGCAAGAGUAAACUUUAUCUGAGCGUUCAGUGGACAGACUUCACAUGCUCGACUAGAAUCGGUAAACGUGGCGUGUGACAGUUUUGGCUGCAUGUGGAGCCAUGAGGGGGGGCUGUUUGUGCCGUCUAAAAUACAUCUAGAGCUUGUUAUCAGGGCAGAUUAUAACUGUAGAUUUGCAUGUUACUCAGACGUGAAUGGAAACAUCUGAUGACAUGCAGUGAGUGAAAGUCUGCGAUGGCUAUAUUUUUCCUGUGGAACAAGCUGCCAUCUGUGGAAGUACAAUGCUCUCUUAAGUUCAUGUGGCUGUUUUUCAACACUGCAUAAAACACUUAUAAAAUGAUAAUUAAAGACAUAAACAAAUCUUUUAAUGGCCUCUUUUCCUCACAGAAAUCUGAUGGGACUUGUAACACCAACUUUAAGAAGACAAAGUACAGGGAGCAGGUGAUGCAGGCCUUGGAGGACUUUGUGGGCGGAAACACUCAGAUUCUGGUAUGUUCACUGCUCUUCUUUUAUUUUAUUUUUUUUGUUGUAAGAGGUGUGUUAUUUGUGUUUUCUUAAGACAUUUUAAGAUACCUAAAUUAACACCGCUCACAUGUCUGAAGCCUCAGCAAGAUACCGAUUAGCUCAGCAUCUUUCAACAGGAAGCAAAAAUCCACUUACUGGCACCUCAAGAGGUCAUAAGUUAACACCAUGAUCUUGUUUGUGUGAUCAGGGACCGAUGACUUCCAAGAAACUGGAGCUAACUAGGAAUAGGGGUGACAGAAACCCACUUGCAACAGCCAUGUCUGCACCCUAUUUUACUGAUUAUACAUGCAAAUCUUUGUAUUCAUUACUUAAUUAAGGGAGUGUGUAGUGAACAGGUGGAUAUGCAAAUUUGAGUCCUCGCAGGGUGAGCAGGAUGCCCCACUUAUUAGUGUGUAACACUUUAAUGCCUGACACCACAAAUUAUGGCCAGAAAAUUCAAAUUUUUUUGGAGCUGAAAUGUUUAUUUCACUUAAUACUGAAAACCAAAAAAAUCUAAAUGUCCUUAAAAUUUAACAAAUACAUUUAUUUGUCUUGUUUGAUACAUUAGAGGUUUUUGGAAACUGAUAAAAAACAAGAGGACAUUUUUAGUAUUUAUCGGACUGUAUUUAGGUGCUUUUUUAGUAGUUUCUUGAUCAUAUUGAUUUGAUAGAAGUAUAUAAAAGUAUGUAUCAAAUAAUACAUAAGGCAUUAAAGGGUUUAACUUCACGACUAACCAAACUUGAAUGAGUUGACACAAAUGAUUGAUUAAAAGAUGAUUUAUUGAUUAAAACACUUAGAUUCCACAGUGGGAAACACUUCCACAGCAACAAAAACUCACCACUCUCUCUCUAUGUUUCUCCUUCCCUCAGAAACUGUACUUACAGCGGCUGGAGGAGCUCCGAUCAGUCCUUGAGCAGUCACACUUUUUUAAGUCACACGAGGUGAGACACACAGACAGAGUUUUCUGACUUCCUAAACAAACCUGUUUUUAGAUAUCAAUCCCUCAUUAGCUUCUAUGAUGAUUCGCUCACACACCUUAACUCACCUGUCUCACCGGUUUGUCUAUUCUCAGGUUGUGGGCAGCUCACUUCUCUUUGUGCAUGAUGCCUCUGGGAAGGCCAGAGUGUGGAUGAUCGACUUCGGGAAAACAGUACCCCUACAAGCACCCAGCACGCUGGACCACAGGACGCCCUGGGUGGAGGGGAACAGGGAGGACGGCUACCUGUGGGGACUGGACAACCUUAUAGACAUCUUCAGCAGUAUGCUCCCACAGACACCUUGAGCAGGGGACAUAUUCGUCUACCUCUAGAUGUUGAAAAGGUGGAAAACGGAGGAAGGGGAGAUGACUUUUAUGACCUAAGCCAAGAUCCAAGUGUCUUUAUCCAGCUGAACUUUUUUAAGAAGAGGAUGAUCAAAGACAAGCACAGGAUUUCCUCUGCAAGGUGGAAUAUGCCAAAGGCCAGCAUGCUCUCUUCAUGGGACUUUGUUGGACUAAAGUGAAAAAAGAGAGAAUUUAUGGCAGGAGUGUAAUCUUUAUCACGUGGAUUGUGGCUGUGAGAGAGAAUACAGUCCUCAGAGCAUUUCCCUGAACAGACAUUUAAAUCUGCUCUUCUUUUUUCAACACCCCCUCUGCUGGUAAAAGUUGAACAUUGCGCUCUGACUUUAUCCAGGGGUAUGGGAGUCUUCUUUUUUUUUUCUCAUGGACUACUUUUGAUGUUUAACCAUUCAUUAACACUAAAACACUGGUCAGACCACGUGUGAACUAACUCGGUGUGUACAUAGUUUAAUUUAAACUCUUUUUGCCUUGGUUUAACCUCCUUAUCUUGUUUGUACUAUUUUCUGUGCCUACAGCUGUUUGAUCAUUCCAGUGCAGUGGACUCCUGCUAUUUUUCUUCCAAAGAGUUCACCCAAGUGUAAGCUGAUCUAAUCUCGAAGUUUAACUCUAUGUAGGCUUUCUGGAUUUGGAUUUUUGUAUUAUAAUGCAGUGACAUUUACCCCUCUCACUUAACUGUACAGCAUGCAGCUGAGCGGCCAUGUUUGUCUGGAACAUUUGAUGCACUAUAGAUCCUCACAAAGCCAUUCGAACAAAUCAAACAGUGCCUCUGUGAUUUUUAAGACGAGAAGAAGCAGUCGAGUGCUGGGUUUACAGAUGCUGGAGUUUGGAAGUUUAACAUAAACCUCAUUUUGGUGUUUUCACUUCAUCCUCUCUGAUCAGUGUUGCUUUGGAUUUGCAAAGUUUUUGCAGUGAACCAGUGAUGUAAGGGGGACAGGAAACUGGAUUAACGUAAUUUAACAGAUAAGUCUGUCAAGGCUUUUGUGAGGUUUGAAUUAUGUAACAGUCUACAUGUGAAACUGGAAUUUUUUUUUACGUGUCUUAUGAUUGAAUGGAUGACACAAACAAAAAUCAAAGAAACACUUCACUUAGCUGCACCAAAAAGGAGAUUUGUGGGCUGAAAUUUCAUGUGCAAGUUGGAGUUUACAAAUAAUUAUUGUUAUAUUUAGAUAUUAAGUCAAAGCUCCAUGUGUUGUUCUUUGACUCGGAAUGUGGCAGGUCAGUGAACACAUCAGUCUCCAGUCUUCCAGAUAACGUCCAUCUGUGUCAGGCAGCACUGUGUGAGUUGGAGGUGCUCAGUCAGUCAGAAGAUACAGUUUCUGCGUGAGUGCUUCAAAUAUCUGACCACAUGAAAUUGGAAUUCUAAUUCAGACUUUUUUCCCCAUAAAGAGUACUAAAAAGUUUACAAAUCAUUAUAAUCAUUCGCUCACAAAUCUUCUUUAGCUGUUAAAGUAUCAGGUUUGAAAUUGGGUGAUGCUUUAUGAGUAGAGGAAGAAAACUGGAUUCACAACCAAAUGUUGUACUUUUAAAAAGCAGUGUAUUUAAAGUCACAAAACAUGCUGAAAACUUAUUAAUUACCAGGUCAUGGAUUGCAAUAAACUGGAAAUAAGAAUA